AUGCGCUCUCUUUCUGUUUUGGCGGUGCUUGCAGCCGUCCAAGGAGAGAAUAGCUCCGACUUAGAAGCGAAAAGACGAGACUUUGCCAUCGAUGAGAAAGAGGUCGACACACUUACUUGGACUCCAGGAGGAACUGUCAGAACUACGCAGGACAGACCCUACGUUAGAGGAAAAGUUCAGAAAGGAUGCAGCGAAGAGAUCAUGUACGGACUGUACGAUUUCGACUGCAGCCGAGGUAAACGAACUAUCGGCCAAUGGACCAAAAACACUCGAUGCAGACUCUACUGUUUGAACAGCCAGCGAAUGGAACCCGCGGUAAAGCAACUUCGAUGUACAUACCACAGACCAACUGGGCGAUACAUCUGGAAGGGCGCGGCGCGACAAGGAAACAAGCGAGUUUUGUUGAGCAAUCCUCGAGUUGACUGCAUCACAAUGAACCACGUUGCUCGAUGGGGCCAGUGGGGACCCUGGUCUUCAUGGACGAAGUGCUCCCGCGAGUGUGGAACAGGAGAAAAGAUCCGUCAGCGGCGACGAGUCUGUGUCGGCGGCGUCAUGGGAGAAAACGACAAUUGCCCGCAUCAAGGAAACGUUCAGCUCGAGUACAGCGGAUGUGACAACCAAUGCGUUUCGCCACCAUCAGUAUCAGUGUCCUUUAGCGAUGUCAAAGAUAAAGGAUUCAUCGUCAACUGGGAAAUCGAAAACAUCGACGAGUCUGACAUCGGACAUUUCAAAGUGGAAGUUUUCGAAAGCAUCGUUAACUGGAACCAGGAGAGCUAUAAAGUCGCCAACCUGGAUAUGAUCCACCCAACUUUGAGAGACAUCAGCGUCUGGCGAGAAAUCAAACCUCUCACAAGAUAUGACGUCUGGGUCUGGAUGAUGGAUAGCCGAGGUCAGCAACUAGCCGAUCCGGUUAUCGAAAAAGUCUUUACUCUCGGAAGUCGUUUCGAUUUCGACGAAGAUGUCAUGUGCGCCGUUGACUGGCCCACUACUCACAAGGAUGAAAUGAUCACCUCUUGCGAUCAUUUGCAGUACGUUCCAGCCGGCCACAGAUGCUACACUUACUGCAAAGACGACUGGAAGAAGAUCCGAGGAACCGAGUACAUCACCUGCAUGAAUGGUCAGUGGCGAGGAAGCUGGCCCAAGUGCGAGCCUCGAGGUUGGCGAUGCAACAUGAACAUGGACACUUAUUGCCCCGGUUGCAUUCGACCAGACAACUGCUGUGACUUCAUCACAAACGAAGGAGACGUCGACUACAUCUGCAAACAAGGAUACCUCCGACCAGAGGUAAAUGGCCCUGGAAAAUCUGGAGGAAUCGCCCGAGCUCUAACCAAGAAACUCAAAGCAAAUGGUCCUUCUUGCGCUACAUUCCGACAUCGAAGACGGGAUUGCAGUCUCACCUACGCUGUGAAAGUCUUGGCACUGUACACUGACGAAACUGGAAAGAAAGAUCCGAUCGAGAAGAUUCUCGUUGACGUUGCUCAAGAUACGGAUUUCACCGAAAACUGCAUUGAUGAUGCUGAUUACGAUGUAAAAGUGAUGGAUGUUCGGCCACAAGCAGGUUAUUCUCACGUCCAGAUCGUCUUCGAAGCCGAGCUCAAUCGAUGGGAUGGCAACCUUGGAUAUGACAUGUGGUUCGAUGACUUCGAGCACGGAUACGGUCGAUGCUCGGUAAUGCGAUGCGGCGAGUUCCCACCACCUCUGUUGAAGGGAGGCGGAGCUACGUUUGGACACGACGUGGCGCUGGAGAACACUUGCACAGACGGAGACAAUGCGCACUCCGUCUGCAAGAUGAACUGCCCUUCGACUCAUCCUGUCCACCACUUUGCUCAUUACUGGCAAGAAAUCAUCUGCAACCCAUCUGGCUUCUGGAACCAGCCACUCUAUACCUACUACACUGGCUACUGCCAAGCGCCUUCUUGCAACUACUUCGACAUUAUUCCGCCAAAGAACGGCUGGUAUAGUUGCUCAGAUGAAGGCUAUGAAGGAUCCGUGUGCACUUUUGGAUGCAACAGUGUGGAUUACACUCUCAAUUCCAAGGCACCCUACAGAAUUCAAUGCAUGAAUGGAAAGUGGAAGCCGAUCGGAGGCAAGGCAGGCUUCAUCAAGGGUCAGAUCCAAGCGGAUUGCGUGUUCAACCACGUCUUUGCCCGACGAGAGAAGCGAAUUUCCCAGCCUAUUUCUCCACUGCACGCUAUGCGAAUGCAAUACAGAGAACUUGCUGGUCUGGACCAUCCAAGUUCAAUUCGAAAAGAACGAACAAAGUACAACGUUGAAAUGACGAGGAAGAAGUUCGGCUUCGAGGGACGAAGCAUGAAUUUCGACCAGGUCUUCCACGCGGAGAUGAGCACUCCAGACUUCGAAGAAAUGCCAAUCGCAGCUUUUGGCUCCAAAUAA